CCGAUGUCCUGACCCCACCACGGCUUUCAUCAAAAACCCGCCGCCACCGCCACCGCCACCGCCGCCGCCGCCGGCACAUUCUCCGGCAUCCUCCGGCCAUUUCCGGUGAAACUCACCGCCGCCGGAAGCGUGUCUCUCGCGGCGCGAUGUCUACGCAUCUUACCAAGAACCCAUCGCCCCUGUUGCAUCGCCAUCUCCAUCUCCUCCUGCAGCCCCGCCGCCUCUGCAGCAGCGCCACCGCCGGCGAACUCGCCUCGGAAUCCGCAUCCGUCGGACGGGCGGUUUACCGGGUGGACGACGACCUCGCGGAGGAGUCGAGGAGCAGGCUCGUGCGCGACACCUGCAGGCUGCUCGAGCUCCGGGAGUCGUGGAGCCCGAAGCUGGAGGCCCAGCUCCGCCACCUCCUCCGCGUGCUCUCGCCGCCGCAGGUCCGCGCCGUGCUGCGCGCGCAGGCGCGGGGGGACGUCCGCCGCGCGUUCGAGUUCUUCCGGUGGGCCGACCGCCAGUGGCGGUACCGCCACGCCCCGGAGGUGUUCGACGAAAUGCUGAGCCUCCUCAGCAACACCAGGCUCCACGACCCCGCCCGCCGCGUCGUGCGUCUCAUGAUCCGCCGUGGCGUGCGGCGUGGGACCGAGCAGUUCGCGCAGCUCAUGCUCUCGUACAGCCGUGCGGGGAAGCUCCGCUCCGCCAUGCGCGUGCUCCACCUCAUGCAGAAGGACGGGUGCGCGCCUGACAUAUCGAUUUGCAACAUGGCGGUGAAUGUCCUCGUGGUGGCCGGGCGUGUCGACAAGGCGCUUGAGUUCGCCGAACGGAUGCGCCGCGUUGGGGUUGAGCCAGAUGUGUACACAUACAAUUGCCUUAUCAAGGGGUUGUGCGGGGCUCGGCGGGUUGUUGAUGCCAUGGAGAUGAUUGGUGUAAUGCUGCAAAAUGGGUGCCCUCCUGAUAAGAUUAGCUACUAUACAGUGAUGAGCUUCUUGUGUAAGGAGAAGAGGGUGGAAGAGGUCCGAGGUUUGCUUCAAAGGAUGAGGAAUGAUGCAGGUCUAUUUCCAGAUCAGGUCACUUAUAAUGUGCUCAUCCAUGGGCUUGCAAAGCAUGGCCAUGCAGAUGAGGCAUUGGAGUUCUUGAGGGAAUCGGAGGGGAAAAGAUUUAGAGUGGAUGAGGUUGGAUAUAGUGCAAUUGUGCACUCAUUUUGUUUGAAUGGGAGGAUGGCGGAGGCAAAAGAGAUUGUAGGUGAGAUGAUCUCAAAGGGGUGUCAACCUGAUGUUGUGACAUAUAGCACAGUAGUUGAUGGGUUUUGCCGCAUUGGGGAACUUGAUCAAGCAAGAAAGAUGAUGAAGCAUAUGUAUAAGAAUGAUUGCAAGCCAAAUACAGUCACACAUACUGCUCUGUUAAAUGGGCUCUGCAAAGUUGGGAAAACGUCGGAGGCCUGGGAAUUGCUAAACAAGAGCGAAGAGGAGUGGUGGACUCCAAGUGAUAUCACUUACAGCGUUGUAAUGCAUGGAUUUAGAAGAGAAGGGAAACUAAAAGAAUCAUGUGAUGUGGUAGUGCAGAUGUUGCAGAAGGGUUUCUUCCCCACAACUGUGGAGAUUAACUUACUGAUCCAUGCUCUAUGUAAGGACAGAAAACCAGCAGAGGCCAAAGACUUCAUGGAACAGUGCCAGAGCAAAGGCUGUACAAUUAAUGUUGUUAAUUUCACUACUGUGAUUCAUGGAUUUUCUCGGCAGGGUGAUUUGGAAUCAGCACUCUCUUUGAUGGACGACAUGUAUCUGAGCAACAGGCAUCCUGAUGUUGUAACUUAUACUGUUGUUGUUGAUGCUUUGGGAAAGAAAGGUAGAUUAAAAGAAGCGACAGGGCUUGUGGAGAAAAUGCUCAACAGAGGCGUGCUCCCUACACCUGUUACAUACAGGACAGUGAUACAUAGAUACUGUGAGAAGGGCAAUUUGGAAGACUUGCUCAAUCUACUGGAAAAAAUGCUAGCAAGACAAGAGAUGAAGAGCGCAUACAAUCAGGUCGUUGAGAAGCUAUGUGCUUUCGGUAAACUUAAUGAGGCUUACAGUCUCCUCUACAAGAUACUGAGAACUGCUUCAGUGAGAGAUGCUCAAACAUGCCACAUUCUGAUGGAGAGUUUUCUGAAUAGAGGCCUCGGACUUCAGGCCUACAACGUGGCCUGUCGUAUGUUCCGGAGAAAUUUAAUUCCUGAUGUUAAAUUAUGCCAAAAAGUUGAUAAUCAACUGGCCUCAGAGAAAAACAAACCAGUUCCUGGAAAACUCAUGGUUAAGUUUGCUGAAAGAGGUCUUCUGAAACAAGUAAAACAAGAUAGCAAUUGAUUUACAGCGUAUCGAUCUAUUUGUAUUUAUUCAUCCAAUAUUUAAGAUUCGAAAAACAAGCAAUUGUGAUGGUUAGAGUCAGAGGCAAUACGAUACUACAUGCUGUAAAGCUUGUUCUUUUGCUUUC